CUCUCUCCAAACCUCCUGAUUCUACCGUUUUGCCCUUCUUUUUCCCCCAAUGUAUGCAACCCUCCCUUCCCCUCUCGUCGCUAAACCCAUCCACAGUUUCUCCGUGAAGAAGACCGUCACCGUCAGGAACUCGGCGCAGGCGGCGUCGUUUAAGUCAGCCACCGUCAGGAACUUGGCGGGGAGUUUGUACGAGAUACUCAAGGUGGAGAGAACGGCGUCGUUGAACGAGAUCAAGAUGGCGUACCGGAGUCUGGCCAAGGUGUACCAUCCCGACGCGAUGGGAUCCAAAUCGGACGGCGGAGAUUUCAUAGAGAUACGCAACGCCUACGCGACAUUGUCGGAUCCGACGGCGAGAGCCGUAUACGAUAUGUCGUUGGGGGCACGUGCGAGGCGUGUCGGUAACUGGGUGUACCCGAUCGGAAGAUGGGAGACCGAUCAGUGUUGGUAGAAGAAAA